AUGGGGCCAGAUCAACAGCCGCAAAUAGAUGGCUUUGGGUUGACCUUCCCAUUCCCUCUUCGGGUUGCUGCCCUCUUAGUUGCUGGGUUUUGGGGAUGGGCCAUCAACCUACACUUUCUAGCCAAGGCCAAUAUUGACGUCCCUGCACUUAUCCGAUACCCAUCCUCCACCCAACGGUCCCACCAUACCUCCGCCUACCGACUAGCCACCAUCUUCACCAUCCCGCUCACCCUCUGGCUGGUUGUCUUCUGGAUCUUCACUCGCUGCCAGUUUGAGCUGGUCGGUCGCUUUGACUAUAUUCCGCAAUCGGUCUUCGUGAUCCUCCUCCUGAUCCUGCUCUGGCCUUUUAACCGGGCCUCCCGGACAGGCCGCCUCCGCCUCCUUCUGACACUGAAACGGGUCGCCAUCGGAGGUCUCGCGGAGUCGCAAGAUGGCAAGUUUGGCGACAUUCUGCUGGCAGAUGCCCUGACGAGUUAUGCGCGGGUCUUGGCGGAUCUUUACAUCAGUUUCUGCAUGUUUUUCACCGACGGUCUGUCCGCGACCUCCAAACCGAAUCGUGCCUGUGGGAAGGACUUCGUCGUGCCCAUUAUUAUCGCCGUGCCGAGCUUGAUCCGACUGCGUCAGUGUUUGACGGAAUAUGUGCGCUCGCGCCGGACAACCUCGCGACGGGAAGCCAGUCGGGGAAAUCAGCACUUGGCCAACGCCUUGAAGUAUUCCACCUCAUUCCCGGUCAUCUACUUGUCCGCUAAGCUCCGCAACUAUAACCCGCUUGACUUUCACGGAUUCAGCGAGGUAACCAUUAUACGUCUUUUGUCCUUUUUCUGUUUUAUCAACUCCAGUUACUCGUUCUGGUGGGAUGUCGUGAGGGAUUGGGACUUCACGCUCUUCUCCCCCAACCGCCUGGACCGUGAUCAUCCAUACGGUCUGCGACGACACCGCAACUUUUCUUCCGACCGGUUGUACCACUACGUCAUCAUCGCGGAUCUUGUCCUCCGGUUCUCAUGGCUGUGGCGCGUGGUCCCGGGCCUCACAUGGCUUCCUGAAACCGAAUCUGGCCUGUUCUUGCUCAUGUUCCUCGAGGUCGCCCGCCGUUGGAUGUGGGUGUUUUUCCGGAUUGAAGCCGAGUGGAUUCGGAACACCCAAGGUCCCGGCGUAGAGGAGGUUCUGCUUGGCGAUUUCAAUCACAAGUUCGACGCGGAUUAA